AAGUUAGAAUCCUCCAACUAUAAAAAAAACAUAAAUCAGCCACCGGGCGGCGGCGACUUCACUUUUUCCGUCCACCGGCUGAAAGAGAAAAAUAUUUCACCACCUAUUUUAAAAAGGUUUUUUCAGAAAAUGGAGAAAGUAAUGAAUAUAUUGAAGCCGAAACCGAAUCCUCAACAGAUUUUGAGGGAUUGGCAACGUCGGCUCCGGCAAGAGUGUCGGAAUAUUGAACGUCAAAUUCGAGAUAUACAAAGGGAGGAGAAGAAUGUACAGAAAGCAAUUAAAGAAGCAGCAAAGAGAAAUGAUAUGGGUUCUGCCAAGGCACUUGCUAAAGAGAUUGUGAGAUCUAAAAAGACUGUGAACCGAUUAUACGAGAAUAAGGCGCAGUUGAAUUCAAUAUCCAUGCACCUUGGAGAAAGUGUUGCCAUUGCUCGCACAGUGGGGCAUUUGUCUAAGAGCGCUGAAGUCAUGAAGCUCGUCAAUAAUCUUAUGAAGGCUCCAGAAGUGGCUAUGACAAUGCAGGAGUUUAGUAAAGAAAUGACCAAGGCUGGUGUCAUGGAAGAAAUGGUCAAUGAUGCGGUGGACAGUGCCCUGGAUUCAGAAGACAUGGAAGAGGAAAUUGAAGAAGAAGUUGACAAGGUCCUGACUGCAAUUGCUGGUGAAACUACUGCACAAUUACCUGAAGCAGUCCGAAAGGAGAAGUUAAAGCAACCCGCCCAGGCAGUGGAGGAUGCAGAGGAUGACGAAGAAGAUCUAGAAGAACUAAGGGCACGUCUUGCUAAAGUUAGAUCCUAAGUGAUUUUUAAAAUUGACUCGCGCUGCCUCUAAGGCUUCGAUGUAAAAUAUGUUGUGUGUGAAACAAAGACCUCUUCUAUGGUCUGACGAGUUGCAUCUUCUAUCUGGAAGAGAGGAUAUUGAAGUACCUUCUAUAUCUUAGAAUCAAUACUCAUGAUUUCUUGUAUUGAUUAUCAAUGUGAGUUGUGAUCUUUUUCUCUUUGAGCAUGCUUUUCAUUGUAUGGUAACUGAAAAUCUAUGCUAACAACAUUUCUUGCUAUUUAGUAGAAUUGGCUGUUCAAUGUUA